GGGAGGCGGGCGCCCGGCGGGCGAGGAGCAUCAGGAGAGCGAGGCCCGGCCCCGCGGAGCCGCCGCCGCCGCUGCCCGCCCCAUCAGGCGAGCGGCAGGAGACCCGCCCCGGCCGGCAGCGAGCCGGGCCGCCGCCGCAGCGCCAUGAAGAUCAAGGAUGCCAAGAAGCCGUCUUUCCCAUGGUUUGGUAUGGACAUUGGGGGAACGUUGGUCAAACUUGCCUAUUUUGAACCUAUUGACAUCACUGCAGAGGAGGAGCAGGAGGAAGUUGAAAGCYUGAAGAGCAUCCGCAAAUACCUGACUUCCAAUGUAGCCUACGGAUCCACUGGCAUUCGGGAYGUCCAUCUGGAGCUGAAAGACUUAACAAUCUUUGCUCGAAGAGGAAACUUGCACUUUAUUCGGUUCCCAACUCAUGAUUUGCCUACCUUCAUCCAAAUGGGAAGAAAUAAAAACUUCUCAACACUACACACGGUGCUCUGUGCCACCGGCGGUGGCGCGUACAAGUUUGAGGAAGACUUUCGCACAAUUGGAAACCUCCAGCUGCACAAACUGGAUGAGCUUGACUGCCUUGUCAAAGGCUUAUUGUACAUAGACUCUGUCAGCUUCAAUGGCCAGGCAGAGUGCUACUAUUUUGAAAAUGCCUCAGAUCCUGAGAGAUGCCAAAAGAUGCCUUUUAACCUGGAUGAUCCAUACCCAUUGCUGGUCGUUAACAUUGGUUCAGGAGUCAGUAUUUUAUCAGUCCAUUCCAAAGACAACUAUAAAAGAGUAACUGGAACAAGUCUAGGUGGAGGGACCUUUCUUGGGCUGUGCAGUUUGUUGACAGGCUGUGAAAGUUUUGAAGAAGCUCUGGAAAUGGCAUCCAAAGGAGACAGCACACAUGCUGACAAGCUGGUUCGGGAUAUUUACGGAGGAGACUAUGAAAGAUUUGGCUUACCAGGAUGGGCUGUGGCAUCCAGUUUUGGGAAUAUGAUCUACAAAGAUAAGAGGGAGUCUGUGAGUAAGGAAGAUCUUGCAAGAGCCAUAUUGGUCACCAUCACCAAUAACAUUGGGUCUAUUGCCCGGAUGUGUGCAGUAAAUGAGAAAAUAAACAGAGUUGUGUUUGUUGGCAAUUUCUUGCGUGUGAAUACUUUGUCAAUGAAGCUUCUCGCAUAUGCACUGGAUUACUGGUCAAAAGGCCAGCUGAAGGCCUUGUUCCUAGAACAUGAGGGAUACUUUGGAGCUGUUGGUGCUCUGCUUGGGCUGCCAAAUUUCAGUUGAAAUACCAGAUGUCACUACACUGAACUAUUUUCCACCUGAAUGACACUUGUUUAUGUCGAUGGGAAUUAAAUCUGGGGAGGGGAGAAGAAAAUAGCUGAUUUUCUGUAACUGUUUUUAAGAAGUGAUUAAGCUACUGACUAUUGCUGUUGUAAGGAAGGGUGUUUCACUCUGUUGGGCAUUGGCAAGUGAACUGUUUGUGGCUGUAAUUUAUAUUCUUUGGUACAUGUAGCCAGUAGUGAACUUCUAAUAUGCAAUACAUCCUCUGAAAACAACUUUCCAGAAAUUCCAAAAAAAAGAAUGCCAAACCCUUAUGUGCUCAGGAUUAAAAUAUUGCAAAUUUAUUCCMGAGUCUUCAGGCCCAUCAGUUUUGUAUAUAAUUGAUGACUGAAAAAAUAUUUUCAUUGUUAUGAUACUGUUAUUAUGAGCACAAAUUUAAUGUGUACUUACAGAAAACAACUUAAAAGACAGCAAGGUACUAUCUAGAAGAUGAGGAAACUGUAGAUGAUUGCCUCCCACAGUAAACAUAGUAAUUAUUUUAUUUUUUGUGUAAUGGAAAUAAUGUUAAUGCUUUAAUUUCCAGUGGGAAGAAUAGAAACACAAAGAAUCAGCCAAAGCAGCAGAUAAGGCAGUUGAUAUUUUGAAGAUUUCAUGAAGAUACUUUAAUUUAUUUGAAGAUUUAGCUGGUAUUUUGGGAAGAUCCUUCUGUCUUUGAUUGCAUUUCAAAAAGAGUUUAGUGAUUAAUGAAGGCAGCAUUUGGGGGCAAGAUUUUUUCUUUAUUUUCUUCUUUUUUUUUCUUUGAGGACAUGACUUCCAAAAUACCUGCUGGAUUUCUGUAUUUUUUUUUUUUCCCUCAUAAAUUCUGCCAUCAUGAAUCAUCAUUUGUAAAGGUACCAUGAAGCCUGAGAGAACUGAAGAAAUCCUUGUAAAAUAGACUUAUUACGGGACCUCAUAAUUCUGGUGCUUUGGCUUAUUUCUGUGGAGGUUUGGAAAGUUUUUGCCCCAUCCUACUAAUUUGAAAUUGUGAUUUCUCCUUAAUUUUGUAGGAAUUGAUCAGAAUUCAAGUAGAUGUUGAAGUUGAAAGGUUGUUAGCUUACUUUUGGAUUUGGAAGUUUGUGUUUGGAAGUUGAGGACAGCAUCAGAAUUCAUAUUGGAGCAGCAAAUGGACCAGUAUUUAAUGCACUUGCAAUAUGGAACCAUUCAUCAAAUUGUGGCCUUGGGAUAAAAUCUGUACUCUGGAACUCACUUUUGGGGUUUUCUGUAGACUUUUAAAAUUUAUUAUUACAGUUGCAAUUACUGUAAUAAGUUUAGUCCUGAAGCCAGGGCAUGAGAUCUUAAACUUACAGGACURUUAUCCAGUCAUUAGCUAUAUGACUUCUUGUGCAUUAAAGAGCUACCCAAUUUUACUAUAUUUUCAUAUUAAAUUUAUUUCCUGUAAGUGCAUGAGGAGCAACCAGACUCAGCCACAUUCGUAUCUUGGGUUUAUUUUUAAAACUGAUUGUUCAAGUAUUCCACAGCAUGGCUGUGUUGUAUCUCCAGAUACAUCCCCAUGUGUUAGAAACCCUUGUGCUAUUUUCAGUCUUCUCGUUCUCAGAAUUCAAAGCCCCAAACUAAUAUCCUAAAAUUUUGCUUUUAAAACUUUCUGUGGUCCUUUAAGAGUACAGUACCUUAGAGUAGGCAACUCAUUAAGUGCAAUGCUAAUCAAAAAUGCAGUUCCAUUUAUUGAGCUUUUCCUGGUACUUGUACUACAUUUCCAUUGUGCUUGCUUUGAUGUUUCACUAUAGACAUAAACAGCUAAAAAUUAACUCACAGUUCAGCUGAUCUACUGCUAAAUCAGAGCACUUCAGAAAAUGAGUGAAUACGGUUUUUAUAGAAUAUCUUUAUAAAUGCUGUAAACACAUUUUGAGUUAUGAUUGACUAUCAGAAGUAACCCUUAUUUGGUUACAAAACUCUGUAAAAACUUAUUUUUCUGAAUGUUCUGGCAGCCUGCUGAAAAUUGCAAACUAACUGCAUAUUUUACUUGCAAGGGGUGCUUUAGGACACAUACUACAGCUCCAUUAGCAACAAUUCCUUUAGACCAUGUUUAUUGCUACUUCACUUCUCAUUUGUGAUACUGAGAGUCCUCUCGAAGCAGUAGUUAGAAGCUACUUGUAUAUUUAACCAAAAGCACAUAUAGAUGAUUACCUAAUAUCCAUAGUUCAUUAAACCAMCUGAAGUUGAUGUGACCUAACAUUUUUUUAAGUAAAUUGUACAGAGUUACAAAAUAAGCAAAUGGAGUAAUUCUUGAAUAGCUGUACUGUAGAGAAACUACUGUGAGAAUCAAAAAGUAUGCCCUACCUCUGUUUUACUUCCCUUGAGCUUCUAAAAAUUGGCUUCCUACUGCUAAUUUUAUCAGCACAAUUGUUACUUCAUUACAAGAGCAACCACAGUUGUCAAGCCCUACUGUAAAGCCCAGGGUCCUGUAUUUAAGCCACAUCUUGGGUUUUCAUCUCAUUUUCUGUCAGCUUAGACCUUGUUAUUAGAGUCUCCAAAGAUUCUCUGUCUUCAGRAGAAAUGAUAGGCAUCACAAAUAGUUGCAAGAUAAGCCUUAAAAAUCUUUUCUUCUAAAUUCCCUUCUAAAUAGGUUGAAAAGGCUUGUUUCUUUCAUGUGAAUCACUGAAGUAAGUUGCUUUUUCCUGAUUGUCUAUUUUGACUUUCACCCUUGCCAUUCCUGUUCCUCAGAACUAACUGGUUGAAGCAGUUUUAGGGUGAAUUGAUUCAAUGUGGUGUACCAYAGCAGGGAAAAUUUGGGGUUUUCUCGGGACUACUGUUGUCUUCUCAAAUGGAACCACUUCUCUAGAGAGGAAAGUUCURUGAUACUUCUAAGUAAAAUGUAAUACCCAUUUUGAAUGUGUAAUCAUUUUCAGCUCAGUCAGCCAUGUGAGUGCCUUUUGAUUUUUUCAUAUAAUGCCAGUUUUAUGGUACUGGGACUUUAUCCAUGAGGUUUCCUAACCAGUAUUACUUACCAGAGAAAUAGCAGGUAAUUUUAUUGACCAUGGAGAUGAUCCCUUUAAUCCAGUGUAGCAAGAGAUACCAGAAAAACAUUUCUGGUUUCCCAUCCCUACAGCCCUUAAUCUUGGUGUCAUGCUUUUGCUUUUCUUGGUCUUACCCCUCCAGCUUGGUCUUUUCAAAUAUUAUGCAGUUUUAUUGUUUCAGUAUCUCCCCAAAAAUCAUGUAAGUUUAUAGUGAGAUAAGUGCAGUUUAUUUGUGGAUAGAGAAGUUCAGUUGUAGGUGAAGUUAUUCYAAGCUGUUAAACCUAACCACUUUGACCUUUUUAAGUGUAUGUGGGUAAUUGCAGUUUGGAUGAGAAGGGAGCUCCUACAAUAUAKCUUAAAUAUUUAACGGGCUGGAAUUAACACAUCCUCAGUGUUCUUUACUGAACCUGGCAGAGGUUUAAAUACAAACAAUCUUACAUUCUUUUACUGAAAGCCUGGAUGCAUUUAGGAGUUCAGAGAGAGGCUGCACUGAUACACCCUUUCUUGUAGUUUGCUCAGUAUUUCUAAAGUGGGUUCAGGUGUUUGAAGAUCUUUCCCUCUCUCAAGCACCUGUUUGAUUCUGCCAACAGGUGCUCAGAAUUGAGAGUUACAGGGUGGAAAGAAGAGUCACCACAUUGUCCCACUUACUGUCAGCUGUAUCUUCAAACACUCUGGCUUCUCUUGCUGGAUCAUCUGCUCCUGCAGUGGUACUGUGACGUUCCUACUUGCACUUGACUUGGUAGUAUGGUGCAAGGUGCCUUUAAGGGCUGUAAUACUCURUCUCUACCCAGUAUAGGUCUUCAGGAAACACCUGCUUCCAGAUCAGUUGAAAUUACUUCUCAUUUCUAAGUAUUUCAAAAUCACAUUGGGGCUUUAACAUUUGGAACUAAUUAAAGGAUCUUUUAUCUAGAUAGAUCUGUGCUAAAUAAAGACUAGAUGGGUGGUGUCUUUCACAUUCAGUCUUUAAUUUUCAUUAAUGAAUAAAUUUGCAGUCAACCUGUUUUUAAAUAUCACUUACACUGUUCACAGUCUGGAUAUCACUGUAAUCCUGAGGAAGCAGCUGAGUUCAGAACAGCGGUGAAGGGUCAGUGUGGUUCUGUUGAGCUUCUUCUGGUCAGUUCUAAGGGAAAGACUAAUUCUUUCCCUUGUCACUUGUCCUUGAUUUAUCUUCCAUCUUUUUUCAUUCUUUUUAUGAUCAUGUAGGCUUAGAAACCAUGUAAUAUGUACCAGAGCUUUGCUGAGGUUCAAGAGUGAACAAAAAGCUGUGGGUCAGGUUGGAAGCGUUGGAGCCAGCCCUGUAGGUCCCAGCGCAGAGCUCAGGACACACCUGGCACAGUUCCUGCUUGGGUGUAUGAAUUUCCAUUAAUGCACAGUCAGAGGGGGUAGGCUUCACAAUCAGUGUGGAUAAAAUGGGAGAAUUUGGUCCUCAGACAUAACUAUGGGAGAUUAAYAAAAUCCUUCUUCACAGUGUAGAAGGGUAAUUCCUGCAUACAGCCUUUUACUGAUAUAUUCCAAAGUGUUUUGUCAUCUGUGGUAAAAUUAGUAAUUCUCCAAGGUUAGCCUGCAAAUAAGCCUGUUUUAUUAGUUUCAUUUACUUCAAACAUGGAAGGCAUAUUAAAUAUUCCUGAAAACAUCUCAAAAGAUACUGUAAUAUAUUUGUAAUUAUUAAUGUGCUAAUGGAAUAUGUUUGAGCAGUCUCAGUUUGCAUAACUGAGUGUCAAAUCCUGCUCACUCUGUAGUUACUUGAGUAGAUCAUUCUUUUAAACUAAUGAGCAAGAUCUGGCCUCAAGGUCUUCUGCCUGGGGAACACAGUAGUGCUACUUUGCAUAUUCCUGCUGGUGCUAAAUCAUUUGUUGAAAAAAAAGAUUCUAAAUAGAAAUUGUAAAUAAAAUAUUUAUGGCCUAGUCCUUUUGACAGACUUAAAUUUUAUCAUUUGCCAAUAGUUUUUGGCCUUAUUUUGAGUUUCCCUUUUGGGUUUGGUUUUUUUGAGUGUGUUGACUGUGUUUGUUAAGUGGCAAGUCAUUGGCAGGUGUGGCUUCCUGUGCUGCUUUCUGUAAGGCCCAUAACGUUCCCAUGGUACCAUGGGAGACAGAUGAGUUUUCAUAGCUGGAUUUCCAUGUUAUCCUUCAUGUUUUGUUACUGUAGCUGUUUGCACAAAUAGUGUGAAGUAGAACACAACUGGCAUUUGUUCUCUGCUAAAAGUUCAAGCAAGUCAGCUCCUACUCAAAGCGUUUGGGGAAGCUGUUGAAAAUUCAGAAAUAMCCAUUUAAAGUAACUUCAAAAUCUAAAUAUGCUUAUUAGUGUUGCCUAAAAAAUGAACUGGAAUAUAGUGUGUCAGUUGCUAAUCUUUGCUAUAAAUUGCUGGCAUUUCACAAUUCACAUUUCUGGCAUCAGUUUGAGAAAUUGUAAAUACAAGCUUUGGGAGGAGAUAUAUUAGUUUCAGAUUGUGCAUUACAAAGGAGUUUAUAAGCCUAGUGAAUUAGUAUUUUGAGACUUAUUAAAUUACAACACCUAGACCAUGAAAAUUAAUGUGUUUGUGUUAGGGUAUAGAGGGAUUUUGAUACCCUGCACUUUUACAUUCUUGAGUUUUGUCAUUUUUACAAACAAGCAUUUAAUUUUCCAUUUACCGUCUUGUCAUAUGCAGGCCUUGUAAUCACCAGUUACUGUCUUCAAAUAUUUGUUUUGGUUAACAAAGCAGACAGGCAGGUGUGUGACUUGUAAACCCUAGUAGGAUGGAAGUUCCCUGMAGAGCCAUUUGGUUAAGUUGCCUUAUUCUAUUACAUUGCACUCAYGGUAUGUCUCUGCUUUCUUGUUUACUGUUCAGACACUGAAGAUGUGAUGURAAAAUAUGUGCUACAAAUUUUUAUUCAUAAAUUACUCAUGAGUACCUUUGUGUCACCUGUUAAACAGCUCUUGUAAAUGAUGCCUUUAUGCCAUCUGUAAUACAGCUCUUGUAAAUUGUUUAAAUUAUUUUUCUUUUUAUAGAUUCUCAUUAUUGAAUGUACAGAUUAGAUCCCUUUAAUAUGUCACUGAGUAAUUUGAUUUGGGCCCAAAUAUGGACAAUGCUGUAACUCAUCCCAUYAAAACUGUAAAUAAUUCUUUACUGCUUGUUUGCAUGAAGUUUGGAUUUCAUUUGCUUUGUCAUAAACCAACUCCUCUGUCAUGGGCCUACUUUUUACAGUUUAUUUUCCUGAUUUUAUUACCAUUGGUUCUGUACGAAUGUUGAAACAGUACUUUGUCUUUUCCUAAUAAAUAAUUGAGAUUGUUCA